AAUAUGCUGUUGUCCAUCUUUUGUGCGCUGGGGCUUUCCUUAUUUCCAAUUUGCGUGGAAUGCUUGGAUCACUCUAAAAAGCUUUCAAGAAUCGAAAUUGGCAUCAUUCUUUCUGUUCCUACGGAAGCAUGCCACGCGACCGUUGAAAAAGGGGAUGAAGUGUCCGUCACGUUUGUUGGCAGGUUGCUAAAGGAUAACACGACCUUCGCAUCAAAUGCCGACCAAUCCCGGUUUACAUUUAAGGUUGGCGCCGGAACGGUUAUUGAAGGCUGGGACAAGGGGAUUCUCGGGUACGUUGCUACCGUUUUUUUCCAAAUGUGCGUCCACGAAAAACGCCGCAUUUUCAUCCCUGGUCAUUUGGGCUAUGGUGCAUUAGGAAGGCCGCCAGAUGUUCCGGGAGACGCUGACCUGGUUUUUGAUGUGGUGCUUUUAGAGCUUGUUAAAGCCGCAAAAACUGGCCUUUAA